AUGAAGGUCCUCGGUCUCGUCCUUCCCCUACUGGCGGCAGCAUCGCCUAUUAUUGUUGAUACGAUCGAUAACAAUGCUGCUCCUGUCGUCUCCUCUUCUAACGCAAAGGAGAUCCCCAAUUCGUACAUGGUCAUCUUCAAGAAGCAUGUAACCGAGCGAGAUGCUGCUGUCCACCACAACUGGGUCCAGGACGUUCAUUGGACUCGAGAAAGCAAUAAGCAAGAGCUACGGAAACGAAGCCAGACCACACUGUCAGACGAUGAUACCAUCUUCGAGGGAUUGAGACAUACAUACAACAUUCCUGGUGGUUUCUUGGGCUAUGCCGGUCAUUUCGAUGAGGAUGUCAUCGACCUUGUCCGCAGGCACCCAGAUGUCGAUUACAUCGAACGUGACUCAGAAGUCCACACCCUGAAGAAGUCUCCCUCCCUCGAAAAGAAUGCACCCUGGGGGUUGGCUCGCAUCUCUCACCGGGAUUCCCUGAGCUUCGGAGACUUCAACAAGUACCUCUACUCGGCCGAUGGUGGUGAGGGUGUCGACGCCUACGUCAUUGACACCGGCACCAACACUGAUCAUGUCGACUUCGAAGGUCGCGCCAGCUGGGGCAAGACCAUCCCCGCUGGUGAUGAAGAUGUCGACGGCAACGGCCAUGGUACCCACUGCUCUGGCACCAUCGCAGGCAAGAAGUUCGGUGUGGCGAAAAAGGCCAACAUUCGCGCAGUCAAGGUCUUGAGAUCCAAUGGGUCUGGCACCAUGUCCGAUGUCGUCAAGGGCGUUGAAUGGGCCGCAACUGCUCACAGCGAAACAGUCAGCGCUGCAAAGAAGGGCAAGAAGAAGGGUUUCAAGGGCAGCGUUGCCAACAUGAGCUUGGGUGGUGGCAAGUCUAGAGUGCUUGACCUUGCGGUCAACGCAGCUGUCGAUGCCGGUCUUCAUUUUGCUGUGGCUGCUGGCAAUGACAACGCAGACUCCUGCAACUACUCUCCUGCCGCUGCUGAGAAAGCCAUCACUGUCGGGGCUUCCACCUUGGCCGAUGAGCGAGCCUAUUUCUCCAACUACGGCACCUGCAACGACAUCUUCGCCCCCGGCCUCAACGUACUCUCCACCUGGAUCGGCAGCAAGUAUGCCACCAACACCAUAUCCGGUACCUCAAUGGCCUCUCCUCACAUUUGCGGUCUUCUCGCCUACUUCUUGUCUCUUCAGCCUGCCAGUGACUCGGCCUUUGCUGUAGCCGAUAUCACUCCUAAGCAACUGAAGGCCAAUAUCAUCUCUAUUGCCACCCAGGGCGCCCUUAGCGAUGUCCCUAGCGACACUGCCAACAUCCUUGCCUGGAACGGUGGUGGCAAGUCCAACUACUCCGAAAUCCUUGACGAUGGCGGGUACACCGUCUACCACGGUUUUUCUGCUGGGGACUAUCUCAGCGAGAAAGCGUCUGAACUGAAGGCCGAGCUUAAGCAGAUUGCAGCUGAACUUGAGUCUCUGAUUGAGAAGUCUUGA